GCCCGGCUUUCCCCUACCCCCACUGACACAGAAAAACCUAACAUUGCCACUCAAGUGUACAGGUCGGCCAUUGAUUUUAUCGGCAACUCAGCCCAGAAGCGAUUAGAGGCUCAUGCUGAUUUCGAACAUGAAACCAAAGAUGAUGCACCGGUCAGCGUCAGACCAGCCCUGCUGAGUGCCGAGGAAGAUGUGGGUGACACCUGGUUGGUUGACGACAUGAAAAUUUCCAGAACCAAAAAGAAAAGUGCAGCUGUGACGAAUCUCCUUACAACAUCC